AUGUCUUAUUGUGUGGAGCGGCGAGAAAAUCAGAAAAGCCGUUAUACUGGCGGCGGAGGCCGUGGCGGAGGCCAUGGCGGAGGCCAUGGCGGAGGCCAUGGCGGAGGCCAUGGCGCAGGCUGUGGUGAAGGCAGCAGCGGUGAAGGAGGCGGCGGCGGUGCAGGAGGCGGCGGCGGUGAAGGGGGCGGCGACGGUGAUGAAGGAGGUGGUGAAGGAGGCGGCGGCGGUGAAGGAGGCGGCGACGGAUGUGAUUUAGGGCGUAUGUUUCUCUUUGUAUGUGUGAGUGCACAUACAUCAGCUAGUUUCCAAUGUGAGAGCAAUUCAUCACGACUCAUUGCUGAGAUCUCUACCAGGGCCUCCGAGAAACGUGGAAGUAAAGAAAAAAGUUUAUCUCAGAAUGGAUUGCACUUAAGGCACCAAAAACCAGACGAUGGUGUUAAAAUGGAUAACGGAUUAAUUCUACCGCAGGAACGGAUCUCUCCGACAGGAUUCUAUACAGUUUCCUAUUACUAA